GGACGCGGCGAAGCAAGGUGCGACGAGGACACACGACGACCACGGCAACGACAACAGCAAGGGUGCACGCUGAGCAGGCAAACCCCAGCAAUCAAACGAGCCACUGCCAUGGACUGCAUGCAGAAGCGAGCGCACAUGCACGAUGUGCCAGCCACCAUCGAUGAGGUGCUGGAGAGCUACCGUGAAACGCUCGAGUCACGACGCCGCUCCCGCGCACGGGAAUACAGCCACAUUCCCUUUGAUUGGCACAAGGACACGCUCCCAUUCGGUGAAGAACAGGAGGACAAGGAUGUAGUCGCACCUGCCGAGACCACCGGCGCUGGUCUCGGCAGCAUGCAGCAGCAGCAGCAACAACAACAACAACAAGACCAGCAGCAAGAACAAGCGGAUGCAGCUGCACCCGUGUUUGUCAAGCCGCCGCCGCUUGAUAUCCCAGAAGUUGCCAAAGCAACCACCGCCAGCGUCAAAGCACCACGAGCAGGGGCACAGCGCCACGUGGACAUCAAGACGGAGGACGGACAUGACGCCGAGGAAAAGCCGAGUGCAAAGUCACGACAUAUCCGCAUGCAGCAGGAGCAGCAGCGACAGCAGCAACAAAAGCCCGCACAGCAGAGGAAGAUUAAGGUGCGCAGGGAAGUGACCGCGCCGCCACCCGCACCGCGCAGCUCAACAGCUGAGCGCCUGUACAACCUGUCCAAGGCAAAGCAGGCUGCUGAGCCAUCCCAACCUUCCCGCCGAAACUACUUUGGCUACAAGCCCCCAGCCCCCAAGAAGGAGAACGUGCGCGUGCGAACAGAAAAGCCCAAGAAGAAGCGGCCGCCGUUUGCUCACUACGGCUGGAACAACGACCAGAUUGGAGCGUGGAAGAACAAGAAAACGUUCAACGUUCGCGCUUCGAAAGAGGUUGAUGUGCAUGCACUGCACGCUGCGUUGGACCGGGGAUACAUGGAGCGACUGCCGCGCCACGCACAGAAGGAGUGGGCAAAGCCGCUGCACACGCACCCGUUUGACUACGACGCGUACGAGCGCGAGUCUGGGCGACACGGGGAAGCAAGCGGGCAGCAGGUGGCUGUAAGGGGUGGGCCCCGCGUGUCACAAUCUUCACGAAACGCACAGCCAUCGGCAGCACAAGUAACAUCAGCAUCAGCGGCUUCGCAGAAGAGAAACAUGGGUGUCGGCCAGGCGAGGGCGCAUGCAACGGGAGCACGCAGAUCGCAGCACAGAGCAGUCCAGUACUCGCCGCCUGUGGAGGACGAGCAACACCAACAGCACCAACACCAACAGCAGCCGAUGCACGUGGCCGGUGGCGAUGAUGUCACCGAGCCCCUUGAGCAACAUGCGCUGACCGUGACCUUUGAGUCCGACGCGUGUCGCGACGAGGUAGUUCAGACAGACAGCUCCUUCCUGCACUGCGAGGAUGAGAGCACACAGACGCGCGGUGGAAACAUUCGCACAGCAAGCGGACACCAUGGUCACGAGCAGCGAGUGAGGCAACCACAGCAACGCCAACACCAUGCUCCUGCACGGGUGCAGUCCACACCGACACGUGGCGGCUCUGCUCGCCAACAGCACCAGGAGCCACAGGAGCCUGCAUUGUCGACAGAGCAGCAGAGGCUGGUAGAGGCUUUGCGCCGUAUUGACAUGCGCCAGCGCGCAACAGCAGAGAAGAUCCAGUCCGAGUACCAGCGCGCUUACGGCGGCUGGUUGCAGCAUGCCCAGCAAAUGCAGGCUCAACACGUGUCACAGGCGCAGCAGCGAGGCGGCGUUGCAGCGCCCACGGCAGACGACAGCAUGGGGUCACAGCGCACAGUGGUGUUGGGCGCGCACAAGCCACAGGUUGUGCACCGCCGUGUUGCACCUUCGUACUCGUUCCGUGCCAGGGAGGAGGAGGACGCGUACCGUGUUCACUACGGCGCCACAUACACACACGACUGCUGAGCAUUCUUGCAGUCCUGGUGAUGGCGCUGAUAGCGGUGGUGGGUGGUUGUGGUGGCAUGUCAUUGCCUUGCGGCCUGCUUGCUUCAUUUUAGUUGUUUCGUUGCCUUUCAUGGUGCUUUCAUCGCUGGGUUGUUUGCAGCGAGGCAGAAGGUAUGUGUGUGUGUGUGUAUGAGUGUCGCAGGGAGGAGCAGGGAAACAUAUGUUGUGAUGCGACGAGAGCUGAGAGGACUGGAACGACGGUGCUGUUGUCCUGUGGGAAGCGGAGGGAGAAAGAAAGCCGUCUUAUGUUUUUUGUUUUGGCUGUGUGUGCACUUAAACAACAACAACGAA